AUGCCUUACGGAAAUCCAGUUGGAGUAUAUGUGUACAAUUGUGUUGCGGAAGAAAGAGUACCGAUUAUUUUAAAUGACCCUAAAAUAGCUACCUGGUAUUCUUGUGGUCCAACAGUAUAUGAUAGUGCUCAUAUUGGACACGCCUGUUGCUAUGUCAAACUUGAUAUUAUACAAAGAAUUCUCAAAAAUGUUUUUAAUAUGAAGCUUGUAACUGCUAUGGGGAUAACAGACAUUGAUGAUAAGAUAAUAAAGAAGGCCAAAGAAACAAAAACAGAUUACCGAACAGUUGCAAAGGCAUUUGAACAGGAAUUUUGGAUAGAUAUGGCAAAUUUAAAUAUAGAGAAACCUAUGAUAAUAUCACGUGUAUCUGAUAAUAUGAGUGCUGUAGAAAAAUUUAUACAGGGUUUAUUAGAUUCAGAUUUGGUCUAUGUAACUCAUGAUGGUUCAGUCUAUUUUGACACAAGCAAGUUUUCAAUAUAUGGUAAAUUACAACAAAUCCAAGAUAGUGGAGAACCCAGUGAUCAGGUUAAAAAAAAUAAGAUGGAUUUUGCUGUUUGGAAAGGGUACAAGCCUGAUGAACCCAGCUGGCAAACAACUUGGGGUGAAGGAAGACCCGGUUGGCAUAUUGAAUGCUCUGCAAUGGUCAGCAAAAUAUUUGGUUCUCAAUUGGACUUCCAUGCAGGGGGAAUUGACUUAAAAUUCCCUCAUCAUGAAAAUGAGGAAGCACAAUCAUGCGCAUUCCAUGGAACCAAGCAGUGGGCCAAUUAUUGGAUUCAUGUUGGUCAUUUAAAUUUUAAAGAGACAAAAAUGUCAAAGUCAUUACAAAAUACAAUAUCUAUAUCAAAGUUAUUGGAGAUGUACAGUGCUGACACAUUUAGAAUGGCCUGUCUUCUAUCAAAUUAUAGGCAUCCUAUGGAAUACAGUGAACAGAUGAUGAGCAUGGGACAAGAAAUAAUCAAUAAGUUUAAAUAUUUCCUUCAAGAUGUCCAUAUAUAUGUUAAUAAUAGUACCAUAGACAAAAGCACAUAUAAUUACAAAUUGCUCAGUAGUCUACAAAAUGUUCAAGAGCAGAACUUAGAAGCCCUUAAAAAUGAUUUUGAUACAGCUUCUUGUAUUAAUUCAAUGCUUAAUUUAAUUAGUAAUGCACAUACUAUAAUGAAAUUAGAUACUAAUAACUUUUACCCAGUGUCUGUGGUUCUUAUUGCUGACUAUGUAGUGGAUAUGUUAACAAAAUUUGGCUGUAAAUUGAAAGAUUCAACAGAACAAGCUAUUUCCGACUCUGUAAUUGAUACUUUAAUAGAAUUCAGACAUACAGUGAGAUCUAAUGCCUUGAAAACUAAAGACAAAGAACUACUGGCUGCAUGUGAUGUGGUUAGAGACAAAAUGAAAUCAAUGAAAGUGCAAAUCAAUGAUAGCAAAACAUCCUCAUGGGUUCGUGUUAAAUAG